GACUUGAAUUCUCCACUCAAAGAAAAAAAACUAGCCAUAUGGACAGGACACCAGAUCCGAGUAGGGAGUGAAGAUCCUCUGCAGUACACUACUUGCGCUGUACUACUGCAUAGGUGGCAAUCAACAAACAAUACCUGUAACAAUUGAAAUUAAACCCCACUAUAAAACACCACCCCACCAUUUUCUUCCCCCAAUUCCCUCCAUUCCCGGUCCUCCGUUCAUCGUCAACGACCCUUUGUCUCUAUCUCUAAACCUCUCAGAUCUCUCUCCAUUUCCUCCAACCAAAAAACGCCUCAAACUUUCCAUCAAAACAUUUUCUCGAGAAAAUGAGAGAAAUCCUCCACAUCCAGGGAGGCCAAUGCGGCAACCAGAUCGGAGCUAAGUUCUGGGAAGUGAUCUGCGACGAGCACGGCAUAGAUUACACCGGCAAGUACAACGGCGACUCUGAGCUUCAGCUCGAGCGCAUCAAUGUCUACUACAAUGAAGCCAGUGGAGGCCGAUAUGUCCCACGCGCCGUCCUCAUGGAUCUCGAGCCGGGCACCAUGGACUCCCUCCGAUCUGGACCCUUCGGUCAGAUCUUUCGCCCCGAUAACUUCGUUUUCGGACAGUCCGGUGCGGGAAACAAUUGGGCCAAAGGGCAUUACACUGAAGGAGCUGAGCUGAUCGAUGCUGUUCUUGAUGUUGUCAGGAAGGAGGCUGAGAAUUGUGAUUGCUUACAAGGAUUCCAAGUUUGUCAUUCUUUGGGUGGGGGAACUGGUUCUGGAAUGGGAACCCUUCUCAUUUCCAAGAUCAGGGAGGAGUAUCCAGAUCGCAUGAUGUUGACUUUUUCAGUGUUUCCUUCUCCCAAAGUAUCUGACACAGUUGUUGAACCGUAUAAUGCUACCCUUUCUGUUCAUCAACUUGUUGAGAAUGCUGAUGAAUGUAUGGUUUUGGACAAUGAGGCUCUGUAUGACAUCUGCUUCCGUACUCUGAAGCUUGCAACCCCCACUUUUGGUGAUCUGAACCACCUGAUCUCUGCUACCAUGAGCGGUGUCACAUGCUGUCUUCGGUUCCCUGGACAGCUGAACUCUGACCUUCGCAAGCUUGCGGUUAACCUUAUUCCAUUUCCACGACUUCACUUCUUCAUGGUUGGGUUUGCUCCUUUAACCUCCAGAGGUUCCCAGCAGUACCGGAAUCUCACUGUCCCCGAACUGACCCAACAAAUGUGGGAUUCUAAGAACAUGAUGUGUGCUGCUGACCCACGUCAUGGUCGCUACUUAACUGCUUCAGCCAUGUUUCGUGGUAAGAUGAGCACAAAAGAGGUAGAUGAACAGAUGAUAAAUGUCCAGAACAAGAACUCCUCCUACUUUGUUGAGUGGAUACCCAACAAUGUUAAGUCUAGUGUGUGUGACAUCCCGCCAAAGGGUCUGAAGAUGGCAUCUACUUUCAUGGGUAAUUCAACUUCAAUUCAGGAGAUGUUUAGGAGGGUAAGUGAGCAAUUCACAGCAAUGUUCAGGCGAAAGGCUUUCUUGCACUGGUACACCGGUGAGGGAAUGGAUGAAAUGGAGUUUACCGAGGCUGAGAGUAACAUGAACGAUCUUGUGGCUGAGUACCAGCAAUACCAGGAUGCCACUGCUGAUGAUGAUGAGUAUGAGGAGGAAGAAGAGGAAAUUGCUGAAUAAAGUGUUUUUGUAAUUUCAGUUUGUUUGGAGCUGCUAUUCUGUUAAGUUUUGUAUUCUGUUGGCUCUUUGGCGGAGAGUAAUUUUGUUUCUAUCACUAAAUAGAUUGAUAUAGUUGAUGUGAAUGGUUUGUGGGUCUUCUUGUAUUGUGAAUCAAAUUUUUUUUAUCUGAA